CUGGUCCGUUCCUCACGCUAAAUAGAAAGGGUCGAGGUGCACGAUUAACUAAAACCUAUUUAUGUUUGUUUGUAUGUUUUCGCUAUAAAUGUGUGCACCUGGAAGCCGUCAGUGAUUUGUCCAAAGACGCUUUUAUUAUGACAUUACGCAGAUUUAUAUCGCGACGGGGCAAGCCAGCGGAGAUAUUUUGCGAUAACGGCCGCAACUUUGUUGCAGCUGCUAAGGAAAUAGGCAAUUUUCUUAAAACCAAUCAUGAGCCUGUAGUCGAUUUUGCUACCAAUGAAGGUGUGAAGUUUGUGUUCUCUCCCACGUAUGCUCCACAUUUCGGCGGCAUCUGGGAGGCUGGCGUUAAAUCCGCGAAAUACCACUUAAAACGCGUUAUGGGAAACAAUCAUUUAACAUUUGAGGAGAUAUGUACCCUUUUCACACAAGUGGAAGCUGUACUCAACAGUAGACCUUUAUGCCCACUCUCCCCUUCCCCUAACGAUUACCAUUUCCUAACUCCCGGUCACUUUCUGAUAGGGCGUGCCUUAAAUGCAUUGCCUGGUCCAUCGCUCGAGCACGAGAACCAGAACAACCUUCAACGCUACAUGAAGCUUGAACAAAUACAUCAACAUUUUUGGCAGCGCUGGCAAAGGGAAUAUGUAGCAGAGCUACAGCAGCGCUCAAAAUGGCGUACUAAAUCAGCAUCCCUAAAGGUCGGCGACUUAGUUCUUCUCCAUGAGGAUAAUGUCCCACCACUCAGUUGGCGAAUGGGACGAGUCAGCCGCCUGUUCCCGGGGACCGACGGAGUCACGCGAGUCGCAGAUGUGCAAACUACCAGAGGUUGCUUCAGGAGACCUCUCACUCGGAUCUGUCCCUUGCCUACAUCUUUACCGGAUGAAGACUGAUGUAGUUGAAAGGAGUCUUUCAACGGGGGGGAAGAUGUCUGCGCCAUACCUACGCCUAGUGAUUUUUAAUAGCAACAAGUUACACUUUGAUGUGAUACU